CGCCAAUGGCAGACGAGACGAGAGGAGAGCAUAAGCAUCCUUCCGUCAUCGAUCUCUGCGAGGAGCGAGGACUUCCACUCGCUACGUUACUCAUCGCCACCGCGCUACCGCUAGGCUGUUUGUAGAGUCGAUCGGAGACUUGCUCUUUUCUUCCCUUCUCUGUCAUCCAUCUUCAUACCCUCUUGCCCCUGCCGCCACCAUGGAAAUAGACAAAGCCGCCCUUUACCAACCGCUAGAUCGCAUCCGCGAGUAUGUCGGCGGGGUCAGCUACCUCAAUUUGGACAGUCACUACUUCGAAGCAAUCCGUACUACACCCAUGCUUCUAGCCUUCUCUGUUGGAGCCUUGAUCACUGCCUUGUCCAUCUUUCGCCUCAAUUAUGGCAAGGCCAAGCCGACCCUUGACCCUACGACAUGGCAGCGUUUCCCUCUUGUGGAGAAGGAGGAGAUCUCACCUAACACGGCGAGAUAUCGCUUUCAGCUGCCCAAGAAAGACAGCAUGCUGGGGCUGCCCAUUGGACAGCAUUUGAGCGUGCAAGUGGACGUCAAUGGGAAGAUGGUACAGAGAAGCUACACUCCCACGACCAGUGAUGAUGAGGUCGGCUUCUUCGAUCUCGUAGUCAAGACCUAUCCAGACGGGGCUGUCUCCUCGUACAUUGGCUGCAUGCGUAUGGGCGAUCUACUCGAAGUGAAAGGCCCCAAGGGCCAGAUGCGCUACCACGCCGAGCUGGCAAGAGAGAUUGGCUGCAUUGCUGGCGGCACAGGAAUCACUCCCAUCCUUCAAGUGAUCAGGCAGAUCCUCAAGGACCCGGAUGACAACACGCGCGUGAGCUUCAUCUACGCUAAUGUCACCGAAAAGGAUAUCCUUCUCAAGCAAGAGCUUGAUGACCUGGCGGCGAAGCACGACCAAUUCAAGGUCCACUACUUCCUCGGCAAGCCCCCCGACGGUUGGACCGGCGGCAAGGGGUUCAUCACCAAGGAGGCCAUCGAUGAAUACCUGCCGUCCCCGAAGCAUGAUUCCAAGAUUCUCAUGUGUGGCCCGCCACCGAUGAUCGACGCAUGCAAGAAGCAUUUGGACGAGCUGGGCUUUGCCAAGCCGAGGCCAAUGAGCAAAAUGGAUGAUCAGGUGUUCUGCUUUUAAGCGGCGACUCAAGCUCGAUGGGACCUGCUGGAUGGCGAUAGGCGAUAUGUGCUGUAGGAAAGGGAGUGUGGAGCCCUUGUGGCGUUGAUAGUAUCGAUCAUGGUGAUUCGAAUGCCCCGCAGGGCCUGCGACUGACGUCUUCUCGGCGCCUGAUAUACGUGGGGGCUGCUAUUCUUAUGAGUGGAGUUGUUUAAUCAUAAGUGAUGACCAAGUG